GUCGUUGCUCUCGCUCGGGGCGGCAGCCGACGCGGCAGGUGCAUCGACGAUUACUCCGAUCGAGGCGCCUCUAUCCACUAUUUCUCUUUUCCGUGAUACUUGAGGAGUAAAUCAUGUCGUCGGACCUGCAGUGGAUGGUGGUCAAGGACCGAUCCUGCUUCUUGGUCAAGAAGCGCAUGAUCAAAACCUGGUUCAGCACCGACCCCUUGAACCCGAAGGGCACGCACGCCAAGCGGUACAGCGGCACCGUGCUCAACAAGGCCCUGACGGUGGAACCCCACAGCACCGGAAAGGGUGUCAACCUGGUAUACAAGAAGCAGAACCGUCGCAAGAAGCCAAUCAAGAGCCUGGACAGGGUCCCCCUGAGGAAGGGUGCUCGUCGCACCAUGUCCUCCAUCAAGAAGUGGGUGAAGGGCCACAGGAACUACCGGCGGGACCUCCAGAUGCUCUGCCUGCGUCGUGCCAGUGCCAUCCUCAGGAGCCAGAAGGCCAUUGUUCCCAAGAAAAAGAACACCCGCACUAGCAAGAAAGCCGACUGAAGAGGAAGAACCAAUAAAACUGCUUUAAAGCUU